AUGGACGGCGUGCAGGUCGAAACCCGAGCAAUCACGAUUCUUGGGCUGAACGUCUCUUCCGACGUCGCUGGCUCUUCGUUUUUGCAGGAAAACCACAGAAAAGGGGUCGGCGAAAAUGCAGAAGAAGAAAUUGAUGCGCUGCGCAGGGAACGCGUGGCGGCGCAAAGUGCAGCCCAACUAACCGAGACAGAGCCCGUCG